GAGAGAAGAAGAUACGUAUGUGACUGAUAUAAAGGCAGAAGAUAUAGAGGGAGAAGAAGAGACGUAUGUGAGGGGUGAUCAGCAGUGUAAGGAGGAGGAGAUCCCUACAGAUAUCAGCACAGGUGGACACACAAGCAGGAAUAUCUCAGAAGGACAUCUAAUGUUAUCCCCGGAUUGUGAAAUAAAAGAUUAUGACAGUAGACAGGAUUCUCCAGGAGAUAACCCCAUUACCUCAAUUAUACAUCCAGCUCUAUCAGCUGGUCCCUCUGAUCCUGGGAAAUGUUCUCCUGAUCACUCUGAUAUUGGUGCAUCUGUUACAGCUCUGACAGUAAAUACAGAGUUUCCCUGUUCUAUAGAUACCACAUGUUUUACACAGAACACAAAGCUUAUUACCCAUCAGGCAGCUAAGGCAGGUGAGAGGCCACUGAUAUGUUCUGACUGUGGGAAAUGUUUUACCUGCAAAUCACAACUUGUUUCACAUCAGUGCAGACACAAAGGUCAGAAGCCAUUUCCAUGUUCUGAGUGUGGGAAAUGUUUUACAGAGAAAUCACAUCUUGUUACACAUCAGAGACGUCACACAGGUGAGAACCUAUUACCAUGUUCUGAGUGUGGGAAAUGUUUUACACUGAAAUCACAUCUUGUUACACAUCAGCGAAAUCACACUGGUGAAAAGCCAUUUCCAUGUUCUGAGUGCGGGAAAUGUUUCACCCGGAAAUCCCAACUUGUUAAACAUCAGCGAAGUCACACAGGUGAGACUCCAUUUCCAUGUUCUGAGUGUGGGAAAUGUUUUACAUACAAAUCACUUCUUGUAAUACAUAAGAGAAUACAUACAGGUGAGAAACCAUAUUCCUGUUCUGAGUGUGGGAAAUGUUUUACAUACAAAUCAACUCUUGAUGCACAUAAGAGAAGUCACACAGGUACAUCACCAUUUCCAUGUUCUGAGUGUGGGAAAUAUUUUGCACAGAAAUCACAACUUGCUAGACAUCAAAGAAUUCACACAGGUGAGAGGCCAUUUCCAUGUUCUGACUGUGGAAAAUGUUUUGUACAGAAAUCAGUUCUUGUUGCACAUCAGAGAAGUCACACAGGUGAGAAACCAUUUCCAUGUCUUGAGUGUGGGAAAUGUUUUGCACACAAAUCAGAUCUUGUUAGUCAUAACAGAAGUCACACAGCUGAGAAGCCAUUUCCAUGUCAUAAGUGUGGGAAAUGUUUUACACACAAAUCAGAUCUGGUUAGUCAUAACAAAAGUCACACAGGUGAGAAGGCAUUUUCUUGCUCUGAGUGUGGGAAAUGUUUUGCCCGGAAAUCAGACCUUGUUAGACAUCAGCGAAGUCACACAGGUGAGAAGCCAUUUUCUUGCUCUGAGUGUGGGAAAUGUUUUGCCCAGAAAUCAGAACUUGUUAGACAUCAGCGAAGUCACACAGGUGAGAGGCCAUUUCCAUGUCCUGAGUGUGGGAAAUGUUUUGCACACAAAUCAGAUCUUGUUAGACAUCAGCAAAGUCACACAGGUGAGAAGCCAUAUUUUUGCUCUGAGUGUGGGAAAUGUUUUACACAGAAAUCAUAUCUUGUUAUACAUCACAGAAGUCACACAGGUGAGAAGCCAUUUCCAUGUUCUGAGUGUGGGAAAUGUUUUGCAGACAACUCAGCUCUCGUUAUACAUCACAGAAAUCACACAGGUGAGAAGCCAUUUCAAUGUUCUGAGUGUGAGAAAUGUUUUACACAGAAAUCACAACUUGUUACACACCAGAGAAGACACACAGGUGAGAAGCCAUUUUAAUCUUCUCGAGUAUACUUAUCAUUGCCAUGUGUUGUUCUUCAAGGUUCUUAUCAUCUCUCCUAUACUUUUUGCAAUGUACAUGUUACCACAGUGUGAAAUAAUCAGGUGUCAUGCCCUCAUCUACCACUGCUAUGCAGAUGACCUGUCUUUUGCUCUGGGUACUGAGAACCCAGUACCAAUCCUAAAUGUCUAGCUGAGCUCCAGGUGUGGGUGAUGCCAGUUCGCUGUGACUCAGUGCUGGUGAAACAGGUCCUUAUGAUAGAAGCUCACCAACAAAGGGCAGGGCUACAGCUCAGCUUUGCUACCAGCCAGACUUACGCUUGGGGGUUCAGAAUUACAAAAUGCUGGUCAUGUGCAGAAUAUUAGUGUCCUGGAUGGUGGAGUGACACCAUUAGACAUCCGGUAUCAGCCAGAAUCAGAUCCUCAUAUGUGGACCAUAGCCAGACUCCAGCACUUAAUUCCCUCAGAAGAUCUACCUGAUGUCGUACAUGCACUUGUAUCAUCUCAUAUAGACUACUGCAAUGUCAUCUACCUGGGUCUCCCAGCAGAAGAAUUGCACCAGUUGUAGCAUGUACAGAAUGCA